AUGUCGCCGUCAGCAUCUGUCCUGAGCUUCAAAACUGCUGUUGCUCUCUUCUUCGGGUUUGCGGGAGCUUGGUGGCUCGUCGUUCACACAUCAUCACUCGGAGGCUGGCGGUAUGAGUUCCCUCGCGAUGCUUUGAAUUACGGCCUCUCGUCACAACAAUGCGAUGCAGCAUUCCCUGGCUUCUAUGGAGACAUUGAUUCAGCUGUAGCCUCACGCAUGGCAGAUCCGAUCCGAUUGGAAGAGUUGGAGAUCAAAGAUGACCAGUGUAUGGUGCGAGUACUGAUAUACGACUCCGAACUUUUCAUAAUCCAAGGCCAUCAAAACAAGAAAUGCUGGAUGGGACGAUGGCACGAAAGAACUAGCGGAUUCCUACACAUGAUUCAUCAAUCUAUCAUAACCGCGCCGCCGGGCUCGAUACCCAACAUAGAGUUCAUACUAGAUCUCGAUGACGACCCUCAAAGACCUAUCGAAUUCGCACACGGCAAAAACUCGAACAAAACAACCGUAUGGGGUCUCACCAGACUGGCACAUCAACGACACAUCUGGCUUCUCCCUGAUUACGCAUACUGGGCCUGGCCAUCAGCACGCGUGCCAAGUCACAGUCAAGUUCGACGUAACGUACGGCAAGUCAAUCUCGCAUAUCCAUGGGAAAAUAAAUACAACAAGGCCGUGUGGCGAGGCGAUGCGAAUCUGAAUCAAGGUGUUCGGAAGCAGCUCAUCAGUGCUGCGAAAGACACUGCUUGGGGGGAUGUCAGAAUUUGCGACAUCUAUGAUGCCCAGACGAAGCAGCAUUGUAUGACACAGGAUCAGCUUUGUCGGUACAAGUACCCUGUACAUACAGAAGGGUACACGUACUCAGGACGCUUGAAGUAUCUGCAGCUCUGCAACAGUGCGCCUGUUGUACACAAACUGCAAUACCUGGAGCACCACCACGGUCUUAUGAAGUCCAGUGGUCCAGAGCAAAAUUUUAUCGAGGUCGAGAAGGACUGGUCAGAUCUAGAUGAGAAGAUGACAUACUACACCAAGCACGAUCUCGAAGGCCAGAAGAUAGCAGACAACAACUACAAGACUUUCCACGAGCGAUACUUGACUUCAGCAGCAACGACAUGCUACUGGCGACGCUUGUUUACAUCAUGGGCCAGUGUACAAGGCUUCAAACCCGAACUAUACACGACCAACGACCAUGGCAACAAGGUACUUCGAGGUAUACCUUUCGAAGUCUAUGCUUUGGAUGCCGAGCAUCCCAUGCCGGACGUCUGA